AUGAAUAUUUCCUGCGAAAAGUACAAGAACUGGGAUUUUGACUUUGGUAACGCUGUUCGAGACGGGGAAACGAGGGACCCGGCAGCGCAGACACAACGGACAGCGUGCGCUUGCCCGCGAGUAAGCUCAGUCUUCCCGCGGCCGGAGCAGCCGCCUGUGCCCAAGUCGAAGCCGUCGAAUAAAGAAGAAAAGGAUAACGAUCACGCGCUAUGCUCGUACAAUUUUGAGGCUUCAUCAAAUAGGAUUUGCGUCGUGCUCGCCGAAUCCGUGCAAAAAUGGAGCUUCCUGCAUCUCGAGUCCGCGUGGAGACUCGUAUUGCCAGUGAGUAAAACAAAAAGCCUAUUUGUAAAGUUUCCGUAUCGUGAGUGGGAGGAAGUCGAGUGUGCCAGUGUCGACUUGCUAUCUCGACACCCGCUGUGGUGCCGUCGGUUUCAAAAUCCGGCUUCCUCGCCCACUGAGAACAGAGCUGUCCUGUAA